GUUUCGAAGCCGCUCCCCCCGCCCCGCCGUGACGCACUUGUCGUGCGGCGCCUGCGCCACCGGAGCCGCUCCCGUUCCUCCCCCCCCGCCUCCCGGCGCGGCUCGUGUGACCGGAGCGGCGGGAGGCAGCGCCUGCGGAGGGAGGCCCUGAGCCCCGCCACGGCCGGAGGGCUGGGGGGGAGGCGAUGGCGUCCUCGGUGCCCGGAGCCAUGAGCAUCGAGAUCCCGCCGGGGCUGACCGAGCUGCUGCAGGGCUACACGGUGGAGGUGCUGCGGCACCGGCCGCCAGACCUACUGGGCUUCGCCGCUGAAUAUUUCGCCCGCCUGCGGGAUGCCCGCGACCGGGAGGCGGCCGGCGGCCGCAGGGUGGUCAGCUUCGACGGGGAGCCCAUGCAGACCGAGUCCAACGGCGAGGAGGAGCCCGACCGCGGCGACGAGGACUCGGACUCCGACUUCGAGCCUCCAGUUGUUAACCGAUACAACAGAAGAGUAUCAGUUUGUGCUGAAGCUUUCAAUCCAGACGAAGAGGAAGAAGAUACAGAACAAAGGAUAGUUCAUCCGAAAACUGACGAACAGCGGUGCAGACUGCAGGAAGCAUGUAAAGAUAUCCUGCUCUUCAAAAACCUAGAUCAGGAGCAGCUAUCUCAGGUCCUUGAUGCCAUGUUUGAGAGGAAGGUGAAACCUCAGGAACAUGUGAUUGACCAGGGUGAUGAUGGAGACAAUUUCUAUGUUGUUGAGAGGGGAUUGUAUGAUAUUAUUGUGGCAAAAGACAACCAGUCACGCUGUGUGGGCCGCUAUGAUAAUCACGGCAGUUUUGGGGAACUGGCAUUGAUGUACAACACUCCUAGAGCUGCCACUAUUGUUGCCACAACAGAAGGAGCGCUUUGGGGACUGGAUCGAGUGACAUUCAGGAGAAUUAUACUGAAAAACAAUGCAAAGAAGAGGAAGACAUACGAAUUAUUUAUUGAGUCUGUGCCCCUUCUUAAAUCCUUGGAGGCAUCAGAGCGAAUGAAGAUAGUGGAUGUUAUAGGGGAGAAAGUCUAUCAAGAUGGAGAACGUAUCAUUUCUCAGGGUGAUAAAGCAGAUUGUUUUUACAUUGUAGAAUCUGGUGAAGUAAAAAUCUUGAUUAAAAGCAAGACUAUGACGAGUAAAGAAGCUAACCAAGAAGUGGAAAUUGCCCGGUGUCACAGAGGGCAGUAUUUUGGAGAACUUGCACUUGUUACCAACAAACCCAGAGCAGCCUCUGCCUAUGCUGUUGGGGAAGUCAAGUGUUUAGUCAUGGACGUGCAAGCAUUUGAGAGGUUGCUUGGACCUUGCAUGGACAUUAUGAAGAGGAAUAUAACACAUUAUGAGGAGCAGCUGGUGGCAAUGUUUGGCUCUAGCAUGGACCUGUUGGAUCCAGGGAAUUAGGCACAGGGUACCUCAAUGCCUUCUUAGUUCAAGACACAGAAAAGCCUCCUAUCAGCAACACAACUCACAAGGAAAACAGACACUAUGGAACAGUUACUGCUGCUGUCUUCUUGGGCAUUUUAGAAACCAUAAACAAGUCUCAGCACAGAUGGACUGCUCACUCCCUGCCUCCACUUUGCUGCUGAUACUUCAUUAUUAGACCUAGACUAAAGAUGAUUUUAACCCUAUGUUCACUUACUUGGUUCAGAAUGGCAUCUGUCCAACAGUUCAAGUGCCUGAUAUGAAACCCAAAGUGUGCAAGAUACAGAAGCCUCUUUCCUUCUGGUGUUACUGUUGGGAUAAAUUUUCAGAUCAGAUUCUGUAGUGUGAGGUUGCCUGUUCUACAGAGGCAACCUGUGGAAUACGAGCCUUUUACAGGCUUAUGACCUUCAUCUGAUGCUUUCUUUACACAAUGUUAAAUUUGCUUUUAAUUGUAGCAUCCGGAUUUGGAGUUAAAAUGUCAACAGAGCCAAUUAAUAAGAUGGCACUGAAGUUUUCUUCUACCUGCUGAAAGCAGCAGGUACUAUAGCUCUUUAAACCAAGUAAAAUGAGCUGGGGACAAGGGAGGGUCUGCUUAGCAACAAAAUGCAGAAAAUGAAGCAUUAGUAUAUUUUAAGUGUUUUCUGAGCAGCAAAGAAAAUAGUUUUAUUCUAUGCUGCCCAAAAAAGUGCAGUGGUUCAAAUCAAAUGAAGGUAUCGUGAUUGUCAUCUCCCCAAAUUUGCUCCUUGUUCCUGACACCAAGUACAUUUUAUUGUGGUGAGAUCACAAUAUAUGACCUUCUCUUGCUUACAGAGACCCUUUGUACUGCUAGAUUUCCCAGGGCGCUGUUGUUGACUGGGUCAAUUUUAAAGCUUUUUAAGGAGGUGAAUGUUUUGUAAUUUAAAUGAAGACUACUUCUGUACUUGUUUACAGAAGCUUCCCCCAGUCCUAAUGUUUCACAGUAUUCUAACUUCAUUAGACACUUGGAUGCUUCCAAAUACCCUGUCGAUUUGCUAAACUUUUCACAAGUUGGCAGCAUUAGACUUUGUAAAGCAAAUGUCUUUCCUAACUACACAGUUGGUGUGUUUGAGGAGUCUUUUUGGUUUAGGUGAUAACUAAGCUAAUGAUGUUUAUCUAAAAUACCUGUUAAAUUUGCAUCAUUUAUUGGGUAGAUUCUCUUUCUAUAGCUUUAAUGGCCUAAAUCGGCAUACUGCUGAGAUUUUAUCAGAGUAUUCUCUAAACAAGAAUCAGACCAUAAGAAGGACAUUUUAAUGGUGUACAAACAGAAUAUUUAUAUUAAGACAUUGAAUUUGUAGGUAAUAAAUUUAGUGACCCUUUGAAUUUGCAUUUUUCCGCAGCUCAUACAAAACUUAACUGGUGUUUUAUGGGGUUAUAAAAUUUUAAUUGUGGAUGCUAAUGUAACAGAACCUGCUGUUUUUUUCAUGGCCACGUGAGCAAGAAUAGAAGGAUGAUAAUGUUGAAUUCCUGCUUCUAGUUACCACAGUGGACAUUUCGCUAAGGCUUGAGAUGCUUAGCUGCAACUCUUAAGGUGAUUUCUGGAUUUUUCCUUAAAUGGACAAGCUCCUCCCAGUUCCUGCAAUAUGAGUAAGAUGGAAACUUGAUAAGUUUGAAGGACUGUUGUCCAGUUGCUGUAAUUGGAGUCAUAUUUUUAUAUAAUGCAAAUGAUUUGUAAUGGACACCACUGAACUAGGUGUUUCCAUAUUAUUAAAGUCCUGGUUGUGAUGUCUAGUGGCUGUUCUAACUGCAUGUAUUUUAGAACAGUGAAUUUCCCUUGCUUUGCUGGGCUGUUUUUUUUUGUUGUUCUUGUAAAUUACAGCCAAAGAAGCAGCAGGUAUUUCAUUCAUGCUUCCAAGGUUUAACACCAAAGACAAAAACGUUCUUUUGCUUACUGAAUUGACAAACAAAAACACACAAAGAAACUCCAACAAGCAAAACCACAACAGAAAAUUAAAAAAAAAAACCCACUCACCAGGUCUUUACAUUUGAUAACGGUUAAAACUUUUAAGAUAUAUUGGGCUCUAAGACAAGAGUCCUUUUGAAGCCAGCUUAUGGCCAUCCUAUGAACCAGACAUAAACUGGUCUCCAAAACAGUCUGAGAUUCUGUGCUGCCUAAACUGUCGUAUGAACUGAAGAGAAACUUGCUGUGAAUAAUCCUUAGCAGGCCUUUGUUAUUCCCAGGCAGAAUAUCCUCCCCUUUGUCCAGAGGAGCCUGGCAGGUUGGGCUACCUUACAGAUGUCUUCUGGUUCCUACGGCCUUUGGUUCUCUGCUGGACAGGACUGUGUACCUCAGCGUAUGCAGGGGUUGGCAAUUGUUCAGAAGCUUCAUCAAAAAACAGACAAGGCUGAUGUUAGAUUCUUAAGGUAGCUCUGCCUGGAAGGGAGGAUUUGGUGGUGUCUAGAAGUCAAAAGAAAGGAUGAGAAUGUAAAGUGAAAAGGUUUGGAUCCCAUGCAAGCAAGAAGUUUUGAAUUUUUCUCUUUCUCUAGACCCUAAAGCAAAGCCAUACUGAGCAAUACCAUCCAGUAUCCGUGUGACAUCAUUCUGUAGUGUAAAGAGGCAAGCUAAAAGAGAAUGAGCCUGUAAAAAGGCUUGUCCAUUUAAGAGUUGUAAUUUGUGGUGUGCCUGAUUAGAGUGGUCUCGUUGAAACAA